GCAAGCCCGUCGCCGGCCGGAGGAUUCCAGCGGCGUGCCUUCUACCCGAAUCCACCGGGGUGCUGGUCGCGGCACGGGGUUUUGAGCCAUCGCAUCUCGCGGGAGUCCGUGGGACAUCGGGACCCUGACCCGGAGGUGGCUCGAAGGUUGGAUACAGUUGGCCAUGAAUCCUUACAAAGCUACACAUCCUGGGACAAGACUCCGCGCGCCCAGAAUGGUGGUGGGCAGUGCAAUACGACAACCACGCAACAUCCAGCCUCUCAUCGCCAGACCGGCACCGGUGCGCGCCGGCAUCGCGCAGUCGAACGCCGUUGCUUUACAGGCAGGCGGCGUCAUGCCGGGCGCAGUCGUAUUCAAAACCGAAGACGGCCAACUCCAAUUCGUCAACGUGCAUCCCAACAGCGUUCAGCCCGUAUCUCCCGGACCAGUAGCAAGCCGAGGGCCAUUCCGGGUGCCUGCCCCACCAGCCCCUGCACCAUUACAACCACAGCGAGUGAUGCAACAGAUACCGGCCAGGUAUGCUGCCACGGCCGCAAGCAUGAGGAAUCGACCUCCGGGCUUGGCAUUGACACCAGCGGGCUUCGUUUGCGUCUCCCAACCGCAGAUCAUGCCGCCGCCGUCGCAGUCCUUGGGCGUCAAAAUAGUUCCCGCCCCCACCGUCGCCGCUGUCACCCAACAGCUGUCCAUACAGACUGGCCCCGUGACGGUAGGCGCUCACGAAGCCGCCGCCAACGCUCCACUGAUGUCCCCGGACACGGCGAAACAGAAGUGUAGGAACUUCUUCUCGACGCUCAUUCGUCUCGCUAGCGACCAGCCCGAGAAUACGGCCGCGAACGUGAAGCGCCUGAUUCAGGGACUCGUCGACGACACGAUGCAACCGGAAGAGUUCACCACAAAGUUAGAAAGGGAACUGAGCUCUAACCCACAACCAUGUCUGAUUCCCUUUUUGCGCAAGAGUCUCCCUUUACUGAGACACGCACUCCUGACCAACGAACUCUCCAUCGAAGGCAUUCGUCCUCCACCGCGAAGCGCCCUCUGUAUACCGCAUCCUUCUCCACCCAUCGUGCGUAGUGUACAGAAGACCGCCGUGGCGAGGACCGUGUUGCCGCGUGCCGCCGCCGCGCAGCUUCAGGUGAUGCCUCAGAGCGCCCUUGCCGCCGCUCAAAUGGCCGGUCCCGUCGACCUGCAGGGCCUGCUCGCCCAGCAACACCGUCUCACGGCAUCUGUACGUCCGUCUCCCGGCGGCGGCGUCGCACCAGGAGGCGGCAAGAGUCUGCUGCUGGCCAGGCCUCCCAACUUUGCCGUCGCUCUUCCGCCUGUCGCUGGCGGUGUAUUACCUUUCAAGAUACCGGCUCCCGUGUCGACGGCGGCGCAGCCGAAGGCUUCUCUCUCCACGUCUACCGGAAGUGUCGGCGGCAGCGGAGGCCCGUCGAGCAGCGCCAAAGAAAAACGAUCCGUAGGACCAGCACUGAUUGACGAGGACAUCAAUGAUGUGCCCACUAUGGGAGGAGUCAACGUGGCCGAGGAAUGCCGGGCGAUUCUUUCCACCGGCGAUGACGGCGCGGAGGACCGCUCUUGCAAGGACGAGAACUUUCUCUUCACCGACGCGCUGCACAAGAGGAUCAGUGCCCUGGCCGCGGUCCACGGCAUUGACGAGGUGCCAGACGACGUCGUGGCCCUGGUGUCCCACGCCACCCAGGAGCGCCUGAAGACGUUCAUCGAGAAGCUGAGCGUGAUAGCCGAGCAUCGACAGGAGAACGUGCGCUGCGACCCGCGUUGCGAGGUCACUCAGGAUGUCCGUCGGCAGCUGCGCUUCCUGGAGGAACUUGAGCGGGCCGAGAAGCGGCGGCACGAGGAAGAGGAGCGCGAGCUGCUGCUUAGGGCGGCGCGCAGCCGAGCGAAGGUCGAAGACCCCGAGCACCUGAAGCUGAAGCAGCGUGCUCGAGACCUGCAGAGGGCCGAGUUAGAAGAGGCGAGGCAACGCGAGACCAACAUGACGGCGCUUCUUGCCAUCGGGAACCGGAAGCGACCCGUACCUGUCGUGGCACCGGGAGGAGGGCCUGGGAAGCAGCCCUUUCAUGCUCAAAUGUACAGGCCCAGACUGAAGCGGGUCAGCACUCGAGACGUGCUGUUUCUCAUGGAACAGGAAAGAAGCAAGUUCAGUAGCGAGUUCAUAUACAAGGCGUACCUGAAGUACUGAACAGGCACUCUUUUAAUGCUUUGUCAAAGAGACUUCUGCAUGGAGUUGUUAAUAGCAAGUUUAUCCUUUGUUGUUGUUAUACACAUGUUGUUCAUAAAGUGUUCA